AUGGAGAAGCCUACCAGCAGCACUUCUCUACCCGCCACAACCCCAGAGAAAAGCAACCACACCGACGACAUCAGCUACAGCGAUGGCAAAUCCCCAAACGCGAACAAAACACAGGAGCUGACCGACGAUGGCGAAGGCGAAAAGCGCGAGUAUCUCUCAGGCGUUCGGCUCUGGCUGUUGCUUGCCUCUGUUACCCUUGUCGCCUUUGUCAUGUUACUCGACAUGUCCAUUAUCGUAACGGCCAUCCCCCAAAUCACAAACGACUUUCACUCGCUCGCCGACGUCGGGUGGUACGGGAGCGCCUUUCUGCUGGCCAAGCACGCACACCAUCCUCACAUCUCUGGCUCGUCUCCCGUACCAGUGGCUAAUGCAGUGCAGUACACUUUCCUUGCUUUCCUCUUCGUCUUCGAGAUCGGAUCUGCCGUCUGUGGAUCUGCCCAGUCAUCAAAGGCAAUGAUAGCCGGCCGGGUCGUGGCUGGUCUAGGCGCUUCCGGCAUCAUGAAUGGGGCACUCACCAUCGUCUCUGCCAGCGCUCCCAGGGACAAGCAACCGCUCAUGGUAGGGACCAUGAUGGGACUGAGUCAAAUGGGCAUCGUGUGUGGCCCGCUCGUUGGCGGUGCCUUGACACAAGGAGCCAGUUGGCGAUGGUGCUUCUACAUCAACCUACCCAUUGGUGCUAUUGCAGCUAUCCUGUUCCUGAGCAUUCGCAUCCCUGAACAUCGCUCCGCCGAAACCUUAUCGGUACAAACGAGCUUGAAGACCGUCCUUUCUAAACUCGACCUCACCGGCUUUGUGUUCUUCGCUGGUUUCGCCGUUAUGGUCGAGCUGGCGCUUUCGUGGGGAGGAUCCGACUUCCCCUGGAACAGUCCCACCGUGAUCGGCCUUCUCUGCGGUGGUUUCGUGUCUCUGGUCAUAUUCGCGGCAUGGGAGCACCGAGUUGGCGACAGUGCAAUGAUUCCUGCAUCAGUUGCCCGCCGGCACGAAGUCUGGAGCGCCUCCAUUUACUUGGGCUUCUUCUCUGGCGCGUUGCUCUGCUUCUCGUAUUACAUGCCAAUCUAUUUCCAAGCCGUCAAGGGAGUAUCUGCCCUUAUGAGUGGCAUAUACCUCCUCUCAGGCAUCUUGCCCCAAUUAGUCAUGGCCAUCUUAUCCGGCGCACUAAUUGGGAAAACGGGCUACUACCUUCCCUGGGCGUUGGUUAGUUCUGCCAUCAUGCUUGUUGGCGCUGGCUUAACGACAACCUUAACGGUGCAGGCAACUGUUGCCCAGUGGGUCAUGUAUCAAUUUGUCGCAGGAUUCGGUCGAGGCUGCGGCAUGCAAACGCCUGUCAUUGCAAUCCAAAACGUACUCCCAGCGGAGAAAAUACCACUCGGCAUGUCUCUGGUCAUCUUCACACAGACAUUUGGGGGGUCUCUCGCAUUGACGAUUGCGCAAUUUGUUUUCAACAGCUCCUUGGAGACGGCCAUUCCCAAGUUCUCCCCUACGGUCGACGCGGCAGCCAUUACCCACGCCGGCGCUACUGGGUUUGCCUCGGUGGUCACGCCGGACCAGCUCCCUGGUGUGUUACGUUCAUACGCCUACGCCAUUGAUAGGACUUUUUACGUUGCGCUGGGUGCUUCGGCAGGGAGUUUCUUGUUCGCUUGGGGCAUGGGAUGGCGAAGGAUUGACCGGAAGAAAAGCAGCGACACCUCUCAAAGUCAACCAGCAACUAUUGACGAGAGCAGGAAGAAGGGUAACGAGGUUUAG